AGUGAGCUGGAUUAAAAAUGCAAUCGCGUAGUGUUUUUGCUGAGGAUCAAGUUACGUCGAAAGUGUCAGCUGCGAUGCAUGUUUAAAAGGAAAUUUUCGAGGUCGCAGAUAUAAGUGUUUAAUUUGCUACGAUUACGAUCUGUGUGCAACUUGUUAUGAAAGUGGUGCAACAACAACAAGGCAUACAACGGACCAUCCCAUGCAGUGCAUACUAACGAGAGUAGAUUUUGAUUUGUACUAUGGUGGAGAAGCUUUUUCUGUAGAGCAGCCACAGUCUUUCACUUGUCCUUAUUGUGGAAAAAUGGGUUAUACAGAAACAUCUCUUCAAGAACACGUUACUUCUGAACAUGCAGAAACAUCAACAGAAGUGAUUUGUCCAAUAUGUGCAGCAUUACCUGGAGGGGAUCCCAAUCAUGUCACAGAUGACUUUGCAGCUCAUCUUACACUGGAACACAGAGCUCCUAGAGAUUUAGAUGAAUCCAGUGGCGUCCGGCAUGUACGUAGAAUGUUCCACCCAGGCCGGGGCUUGGGAGGCCCCCGCGCACGUAGAUCAAACAUGCACUUUACUAGCAGUUCCACUGGCGGGCUUUCAUCUUCCCAGAGCUCGUAUUCUCCAAGCAAUAGAGAAGCCAUGGACCCUAUAGCUGGUAAGAGCUUUUAUCUUAGCACAGAUUCACAAAGCAUGAGCUCUUUAGAAUCCAUGAAGAUGAAAUUAGCUGACUUUGGUUACUAUCGGCCAGACAAAACAUGUUCUGUUUACAUUCGCAAGGCAGUUUUAAUGCCAGGCUUGGCUCAUUUCGGAGCCCAUGUUGUCUUCCCCGGCAGAGCUUCUCUCCCAGCUCUCGGGCGUGCGGCGCUCCGCGCCACCACCAUCACGCAGUCCACGGCCACCACCAACACGUCCAGCGCCGACAGCAGCCAGCAGGCCAUCCAGAACUCGCAGUUCCUGCUCGCAAGGUUGAACGACCCCAAGAUGUCCGAGUCGGAGCGCCAGUCGGCGGAGAGCAAGAGAGCAGACUGCAGCCUCUUCGUCCAGGAGCUCCUCCUGUCCACCCUGAUGCGGGAAGAAAGUUCCUCCUCCGAUGAGGAUGAGCGGGGGGAGAUUGCCGAUUUUGGUGCUAUGGGCUGUGUAGAUAUUAUGCCUCUAGAUGUUGCUUUAGAAAGCCUAAAUUUAAAAGAGAGUAAUAAAGGAAACGAGCCUCCUCCACCUCCUCUUUGAUGACAUCCCACUUCGCAGACAAUGUCCUCUGUGCUGUAUUUGCCAAUGAAAGUGGACAACAACUAUCUUGGGUUUGUUUUGGUGAUUGUAAUUUCAGGUCUGUCACUCUUGUUACAUUGUGUACAUUCAAAAGAAAGAGAGAAAAGAUAUAUAUGAUAAUCAUUUCCACUUAACUAAUUUUUACUUCUAGCAGGUAAAUGUAGGUUGCGGAGCGGAAGGCUCUGCGUCCUGUACCUUGACAUGCAGAAGGCUCUCCUAAUACUCCACAUUCAAACUGAAGAGGAAAAAAAAAAAAAAGAAAAAUCUCUAAUGAAGCUGCUGUGUGUAUUUAUGAAUAUUAAUGAAUAAAAACUGCUUGGAUGGUUUACCUUAA